AUGCCGCCGCCGCCCGCCGGCACUGCCCGCGCCCGGCCGCGACGCCGCGUCCCCGGCCCGCCGCCCGCCCCUCGGCCGCCCGGGCGCGCCCGCCUCCCGCGCGGCAACUUUGGGGGAACUGUUGCGCGCGGGCGGCGCGGGGGCGGGGGCGAGCGGCUGCCCGCGCUCCCCUCGCUCCUCCCUCCGCGCUCCCCGGGCGCGCUCCCCGGGCGCUCGCCGCCCGCCCGCCCUCCCAGGGAGACACGAUCUCACCUUUCAAGGUUGCUCGCCACAAAGACAACACUGAGAAGUGGCCCAGGUAACAAGUGGUCAGGGUAUUGCCCUCUUGGCACACACAGCAAGAUCCAGGGUGCAAAAGACUGGAGGAUUAUCUCUUCCAACGGAUCUACAUCUGGUCAACCAAGUGCAGUUAAUGGUGCUAAGGACCGUGGCUGUCAUUUGUGCACAUUCACUGAGUGCUGCCUCAGGUUGUGUUCCUCGUGGAUAUUAUGCUAUGUCGCCCUUUCAACAACGGAGGUCUUUAUCAUUGUCCUGAUUUCACAGGUGCUGCACUGUCCUCAUGCCCUGCCCUUCAGCCAUCAUCUCGUACUCCCUUGCACCUCUCCCAAGAUGCCAUACUUUGUACCUUUGCACAUGCAGCAUGGUCUUUCCAGGACAUCCUUCGCCUCCUUAAGAGACACCUCAUCAUCCUUGAAGCUCCAGAAACCCAACAGCGCUGUUCUGACUUCAGAGGAAAUGGCUUUUCUGGUUACAGCGGAUGGGUAUUCCUUCACAUUCCGUGGGGAUCUUUGGGAAGAGCUUCAGCGUUUGGGCUGCAGUCCCAGACAGGGAACCCCAGGUUUGUGUGUGGCUGUCAUUACAAAGUAUUCAUUUCCUGAUUCACUGGCAAUAUGCAAGGCUCUUGAACAUUAAGCAAAGAUGGUUAAUUUCGGGGAGCGGCAGAAAGAGAAUCCCAAGCAGACAGCACAGACCCCAACGCGGGGCUCGAUCCCAUCAACCGUGAGAUCAUGA